AUGCCCGCCACCAGAUCGACCACAUCGGGCAUUGCCCAGGAGAAGAACCCUUUGAGGCGAACGACCACCUCGGCAACUGUUGACUCGGACGUCUCAGCUCCGGGAACUGCUGUUCAGUCGCCUAUGGACUCGCCCCGCCACUCUGCCUCGUCAACCUCACUCUCUUCGCUCUCCUCAGUUGAUGCGGCAGCCGAGGAGAAGCCUUCUAACAAGUCGGUCGGCAAACUUGUUGACACGUAUGGCAACACCUUUGAGAUUCCCGACUUCACCAUCAAGGACAUUCACGAUGCUAUCCCGAAGCACUGCUUCGAACGCUCUGCUCUCCGUAGCUUGAGCUACGUCGCCCGUGACAUGGCCCUCCUGGCGACGACCUUCUACGUGUUCCACAACUAUGUGACGCCAGAGUACAUUCCCUCGAAGCCGGCUCGUGCUGGUCUGUGGGCCAUCUACACGGUGCUCCAGGGCCUCUUUGGCACCGGCCUCUGGGUUCUUGCCCACGAGUGUGGCCACCAGGCAUUCUCGCCUUCCAAGACCAUCAACAACACGGUCGGUUGGAUUCUUCACUCGUGCCUGCUGGUUCCGUAUUUCAGCUGGCAGAUGUCGCACAGCAAGCACCACAAGGCCACUGGCCACAUUGAGCGUGACAUGGUCUUUGUGCCCCGCACCCGCGAGGAGCACGCCAACAGGAUCGGCCGCAUGGUCCACGAGCUGUCGGAGUUGACCGAGGAGACGCCCAUCGCUACCCUUAUCCACUUGGUUGGUCAGCAGCUGAUCGGCUGGCCUCUUUACAUCUUCACCAACAAGACCGGCCACAACUACCACGAGCGCCAGCGUGAGGGCCGUGGCAAGGGCAAGAAGAACGGUCUGUUCACUGGCGUCAACCACUUCAACCCCAGCAGCCCGCUGUAUGAGAACAAGGAUGCCGGAAAGGUGCUUCUCAGCGACCUUGGUAUCGGUCUUGCUGUCGCUGGCCUCGUGUACCUUUGCCAAACUUUCGGCUUCAAGAACAUGCUGGUGUGGUACUUUAUCCCCUACCUCUGGGUGAACCACUGGCUUGUUGCCAUUACAUUCCUUCAGCACACCGACCCCUCGCUUCCGCACUACACCGCCGAGGAGUGGAACUUUGUCCGAGGUGCCGCCGCCACUAUCGAUCGCGAGUUUGGCUUUGUCGGCCGCCACCUGCUUCAUGGUAUUAUUGAGACCCAUGUCCUGCACCACUAUAUCAGCACAAUCCCCUUUUACAACGCCGACGAGGCUACCGAGGCCAUCAAGAAGGUGAUGGGCAAGCACUACCGCAGCGACACUGCCGGCGGCCCGCUUGGCUUCCUUGCAUCGCUCUGGAAGAGCAGCCGCAUGUGCCAAUGGGUUGAGCCUAGCGCCGAGGCCGAGGGCAGUGGCAAGGGUGUCCUGUUCUUCCGCAACCACAACAAUAUCGGCACUCCUCCAAUUAAGAUGUCUGCUCAGUGA